AUGUUGCCCAAGUCUUAUUUGCAAAGGAGCUGAUUUGGGAUCGACUUUUUUUUUACGUAUAAGUGGUUUUCAGCCAACCUCCUUUCUCUUGGAAUUUUUGAGCAACUCCUUGUUACUGCCACUCUGUCUUCAUCCCAGACCCCCUUUCUUGAMGGGCCAUGAACACUUCACCCAGCAGCAGCUUCCCGUAUUAUUAGCACCAUGAACUGGAAUAAAGGUGGCCCGGGCACUAAGCGGGGAUUUGGUUUCGGAGGUUUUGCCAUCAGUGCUGGGAAGAAGGAGGAACCUAAACUCCCACAACAGUCCCAUAGUGCCUUUGGGGCAACUAGCUCAUCUUCUGGAUUUGGGAAGUCAGCUCCACCACAGCUUCCUUCCUUCUACAAAAUUGGAUCUAAGCGAGCCAACUUUGAUGAAGAAAAUGCCUAUUUUGAAGAUGAGGAAGAGGACUCUAGCAAUGUUGACUUACCUUACAUUCCUGCUGAAAACUCACCUACCCGCCAGCAGUUUCAUUCCAAGCCAGCAGAUUCUGACAGUGAUGAUGAUCCCUUGGAAGCAUUUAUGGCUGAAGUGGAGGAUCAGGCAGCUAGAGACAUGAAGAGGCUUGAAGAAAAGGACAAGGAAAGAAAAAACGUAAAGGGUAUUCGAGAUGACAUUGAAGAGGAAGAUGACCAAGAAGCUUAUUUUCGAUACAUGGCAGAAAACCCAACUGCCGGUGUGGUUCAGGAGGAAGAAGAAGACAAUCUGGAAUAUGAUAGUGAUGGGAAUCCAAUCGCACCUUCCAAAAAAAUAAUCGAUCCUCUUCCACCCAUUGAUCAUUCAGAGAUUGACUACCCACCAUUUGAAAAAAAUUUUUACAAUGAGCAUGAGGAGAUAACCAACCUCACUCCACAACAGUUAAUAGAUCUCCGGCAUAAGCUCAAUCUUCGGGUUUCUGGUGCUGCACCUCCUAGACCAGGAAGUAGUUUUGCUCAUUUUGGAUUUGAUGAACAACUUAUGCAUCAGAUUCGAAAAUCUGAGUACACACAGCCCACUCCAAUACAAUGUCAGGGUGUGCCUGUUGCAUUAAGUGGUAGAGACAUGAUUGGUAUUGCCAAAACAGGCAGUGGAAAAACUGCAGCCUUUAUCUGGCCCAUGUUGAUUCAUAUAAUGGACCAGAAGGAAUUGGAACCAGGUGAUGGACCAAUUGCAGUGAUUGUGUGUCCUACUAGGGAGCUUUGUCAGCAGAUCCAUGCAGAAUGUAAGCGGUUUGGGAAAGCAUAUAAUCUUCGAUCAGUGGCUGUGUAUGGAGGAGGGAGCAUGUGGGAGCAAGCCAAGGCCCUUCAGGAAGGGGCAGAGAUUGUUGUGUGUACCCCAGGUCGACUGAUUGAUCAUGUGAAGAAGAAAGCUACUAAUCUUCAAAGAGUCUCUUACCUUGUAUUUGAUGAAGCAGAUCGAAUGUUUGAUAUGGGAUUUGAGUACCAGGUUCGAUCCAUAGCAAGUCAUGUUCGUCCUGACAGACAGACUCUCUUAUUCAGUGCAACUUUUCGGAAAAAGAUUGAAAAACUGGCGAGAGAUAUCCUAAUUGACCCUAUUCGAGUGGUGCARGGAGAUAUUGGAGAGGCAAAUGAAGACGUGACACAGAUUGUGGAGAUUCUCCAUUCUGGGCCUAGUAAAUGGAACUGGCUUACCCGGCGUCUGGUGGAAUUUACUUCUUCUGGGAGUGUCCUCCUGUUUGUUACUAAAAAAGCUAAUGCUGAAGAGCUAGCCAAUAACCUUAAGCAGGAGGGUCAUAAUCUUGGGUUGCUUCAUGGGGACAUGGAUCAGAGUGAAAGAAACAAGGUCAUUUCCGACUUUAAGAAAAAGGACAUCCCAGUCCUAGUAGCCACAGAUGUUGCAGCACGUGGUCUGGACAUUCCUUCAAUUAAGACUGUCAUUAACUAUGAUGUGGCACGAGACAUUGAUACCCAUACUCACAGGAUUGGCCGCACAGGAAGAGCGGGUGAGAAAGGUGUAGCCUAUACCCUGUUGACCCCUAAGGACAGCAAUUUUGCUGGUGACCUUGUCCGGAACUUGGAAGGAGCCAAUCAGCAUGUUUCCAAGGAACUUYUGGAUCUGGCGAUGCAGAAUGCGUGGUUUCGGAAAUCCCGCUUCAAAGGAGGAAAAGGCAAAAAGCUGAACAUUGGUGGAGGAGGCCUAGGCUAUAGGGAGCGACCUGGCCUAGGCUCUGAGAACACGGACCGAGGAAAUAACAACAAUGUAAUGAGCAAUUAUGAGGCUUAUAAGCCUUCCACAGGAGCCAUGGGAGAUCGGCUGACAGCAAUGAAAGCAGCUUUUCAGUCACAGUACAAGAGUCACUUUGUUGCAGCCAGUUUAAGUAAUCAGAAGGCUGGAAGCUCUGCUGCUGGGGCAAGUGGAUGGACUAGUGCAGGGAGCUUGAAUUCUGUUCCAACUAAUUCAGCACAGCAGGGCCAUAAUAGUCCUGACAACCCCAUCACCAGUGCCGCCACCAAGAGCAUCCCAGGCUUUGGCAAUACAGGGAACAUCACCAGUGCUCCAGUGACCUACCCUUCUGUCGGAGCCCAGGGAGUCAACAACACAGCUUCAGGAAAUAACAGCAGAGAAGGAAUUGGGGGUGGCAAUGGGAAGCGAGAGAGAUAUACUGAGAAUCGGGGUGGUGGCCGCCAUAGCCAUGGAGAGAGUGGCAAUCGGCAUGGUGAUAGUCCACGGCAYGGAGACGGUGGUCGACAUGGAGAUGGAUAUCGCUACCCAGAAAGUAGCAGCAGCCGCCAUACUGACAGCCACCGGCAUGGGGAGAACAGGCAUGGAGGAAGUACAGGCCGGCAUGGGGAAAGCCGGGGUGCAAAUGAUGGUCGGAAUGGAGAAAGCAGGAAAGAAGGUUGUAAUCGUGAAAGCAAGGUGGACCCCAAGGUGGACAGCAGCAAGAUGGACAAGAUGGACAGCAAGACAGAUAAGACAGCGGAUGGUUUUGCUGUCCCUGAGCCACCCAAACGCAAGAAAAGUAGAUGGGACAGUUAGAACAUAUGUGCUAUAGCGUGAAAUCAGUUGUCUUUAAUUUUAUUUUUAGAGAUUUUGGUAACUAGGUGUCUCAGGGCUGCAUUGGGGCCCAAGGUGUAAGAACCCCUGCCCUCAGUGGAGAGCAGAGACAUUACACCUUCAUCUGAAUGAUUGUUCAGAUGCUUUCUUGGGAAGCUAUUUUGGUCCCAGCAAGCAGUGAGAGCUGGGUAGCUUCUGUUGGCUCUGGGUGAGUUUCAUGAGGGUAAGUGGAAGGUACUUCCAGAGAAAAGGGCCUUGUAGGGCACAAAACUCACUCUAAGUUUAUAUUAUAAGUAGCUUCUAUUUUUUACUAAAAUGUCACCUUAUAAACAUCUAUAAAUUGAAUUUCUUUUUCUUAGCUAUGUGGCCAGGCAGUCCCCUUUUUAGGAGUUGGUAUCUGUAAACCUAAUCCAUUGAGCUGUUAGGGAUGUUUGGGAAGCAAUUUGGUGCUUCCAGACAUUCACAGGGAAGGGAGAUGCCCAAUUCCAAACAAGAGUUGACUCUCAGGUCCCCUAGCGAGGUUUGUAUCCAGCCCUGAGACAUGUAGGAAGAGGCAGCCUUCCAGACCUAGGCUUUUGAGAUUUCCAGAGAUACUAUGAUAAAAAAGUGAUUACUCCUGGAAAGSGUUCCAGGAAUGCUCCAGGUCUGAAGCGUUGCUGAAUUUAAAAUUCAAAAAAACAAAAAAAACCAACAGCUUUUGAAGUGUCUUCUAUUUCGUUGUAUUUUUUUUUUAACUUGCCCCAAUGGUAGAGAUGUCUUUUGCUGAAAUGAUUGAUGAUUUUUGUUCUAUCUUGUUUAUAAAAGGAAAAGAAAUAUACAAACUUUGAAUUUUGUGACUUUGUGAAGGUUUCUUUAAGAUGUGCAUUCCUCUCUGCUUGCUCUCUAGUAAAUGUUUUACUACUGGGA